AUGAGCACACCCUCGACGCGUCGCUCGACGCGCUCAGCAAAGCCGCCCCUCCCCACGCCAGCCUCCACCAAGCGCUCGUCAUCGGCAGCCACAACUCCCGGCUCAUCGGCCGCCCCCUCGGUCGACCUCGGCGCUAUCACGCCCAUCAGCAUGAGCGACAUGGAGGAGGACUUGCCCGUCCCCGCCUCGAAGCGUAAAGCUUCCCCUCUGGCCCCGGCCGCAAAGCGCCAGGCGAUCGAGGUCGCGAUUCCUACCCCUCGCGGCCGCUCCAAGCUCGGUGUGGAGAAGACAGACAGUGCCGACAAUCUCACGCUCGAGUCAUCCAAGGUUAGGACCGAGCCUGAGCCACCAAGUACGGGCAAGCGCUCCACACGGGCGCGCACCCAGAUCGUGGACAUUGGAUCCGAGUCAGAGGAAGACUUCAAGCCGACACCCUCCCGCGCCGCCAAGGGUAAGGGUAAGGCGCCGGCGAAGAGGAAGGUGGAGUCGGAUGACGACUUUGACGUGUUCGCAAACGACACCGACGAGGAGGAGGCGCAGCUGCGCAAGGCGCUCAAGGCGUCCCGCUCCCAGGAGGACAUUGGUGCAUCGUCAAGCGCGACGCCGACCACCAGCCGCGGAUCGUCGGCCAAGCCACGCGGAAGGAAGGCCAGCGCUGGCCGUACUCUCGGAGGGAAGGCGACCAAGGGCGAUGCUCCUCUUCGUGCGCAGAUGGCCAAAGCUGCUGAACGCCGCGUGAAGCGCGAGAAUGGAGUGUCCACGAGUACCUCCCCAUCAGGCCCGUCAACAGCCAUGUCCCCCGAGUCGAACUUCAGCCCCAGCGAAGAUGAGGGAUCCGACAGCAACCUCUCGUCCAUCACACUCUCGGACGACGACGACGACGACAUGUCUGAGGACAGCGACGGCCCGAGCAGUCGCGGAAAGAAAAGCCCAGCUCCCAAGAAGUCUUCAAAGGUCUCGCGCGCAGAGAAGAGGAAGAUUGAGCGCGAGAUUCAAAACAUGCCAGAUCACUGGACACAGGAGGAAAGGGAGGCCGAGAUCGAGCGCAUGAGGGCGGAGAAGGAAGUUGUCGCCAAGGGAGAGAGGAAGCUCAAGAAGCAGCUCGGCCGCAAGCUGACCCAAGGCGAGAAGAACCAGGUUCGCCUGGCGCUGUAUCACCCCGAGCUCGUCGACUGUUGGGGCGACCUGGAAUCCAACAUCGAGCCCAUCAAGCCUGUGCCGAUGGAGGCGCACCCAUCCCUCAAGCUCACACUUCUGCCCUUCCAGAAGGAAAGUCUCUACUGGAUGAAGAAGCAGGAGGAGGGUGUUUGGCGUGGCGGCAUGCUGGCUGACGAGAUGGGCAUGGGCAAGACCAUUCAGACGAUUGCCCUGCUCCUGUCGGAGCCCCGCCGCAAGCCGUCCCUUGUUGUUGCCCCUGUCGUCGCUCUGAUGCAGUGGAAGCACGAGAUUGAGACACACGCCGAAGGCUUCACCACGUACCUGUUCCACGGCUCCAAUCGUGUGAAGGCGGCGGAGCUAAAGAAGUAUGAUGUGGUCCUCACAUCGUACGGAACUCUUGAAGCUGCAUUCCGCCGUCAACAGCGUGGGUUCAAGAAGAACAACCUCCUUAUCAAGGAGAAGAGUGCCCUUCACUCGUUCAAGUGGUUCCGUGUGGUCCUGGACGAGGCCCAUAACAUUAAGGAGCGCUCAACCAAUGCUGCCAAGGCGGCCUUUGCGCUGGAUGCCGAGUACCGCUGGUGUCUGUCCGGCACCCCGCUUCAGAACCGUGUCGGUGAGCUGUACUCCCUCGUCCGUUUCCUCGGCGCGGACCCCUUUAGUUACUAUUUCUGCAAGAAGUGUGACUGCAAGUCCCUCCACUGGGCUUUUGCCAAUAGACGCCACUGUGACGAUUGCGGUCACACGCCAAUGGCCCAUGUGUCGCUGUGGAACUCUGAGAUUCUCACUCCGAUUGCUCGCUACGGUAUCGAGGAAGGUGGUCCUGGCAAGACGGCUUUCAAGAAGUUGAAGAUUCUCCUCGACCGCAUGAUGCUUCGCCGCACCAAGCUCGAGCGAGCCGACGACCUCGGCCUCCCCCCUCGCACCAUUGUGGUUCGCCGCGACUUCUUCUCGCCUCAGGAGAAGGAGCUGUACAUGAGUCUAUUCACAAAUGCCAAGCGUCAAUUCGACACAUACCUCGACUCCGGUACUGUGCUCAACAACUACUCGAACAUUUUCUCUCUCAUUACAAGGAUGCGUCAAAUGGCGUGUCACCCCGACCUUGUCCUCCGCGCCAAGAAGAGCGCUCUUGCAGUGGACGUCACUGAGGGCACGGUUUGCCGCAUCUGCAACGACACUGCCGAGGACGCCAUUGUUUCGGCCUGCAAGCACGUCUUUGACCGCGAGUGUAUUAGACAGUACCUUGAGGUCACUCAGUUACGCGGUCACAGGCCGGAAUGCCCAGUCUGCCACAUCGAGAUCUCCAUCGAUCUCGAGCAGGAGGCCAUGGACUUAGGCGAAGAGACCAACAAGCGUGCCAACCAGGGUAUUCUGUCCCGCCUCAAUGUUGAUAACUGGCGUUCCUCAUCCAAGCUGGAGGCGCUGGUCGAGGAGCUUGAGAAGCUCCGCCGCAAGGACUGCACUACCAAGUCCCUGGUCUUCUCGCAGUUUGUGUCUUUCCUUGACCUCAUUGCCUUCCGCCUGCAGCGUGCGGGCUUCAACAUCUGCCGUCUGGAGGGUGGCAUGACUCCUCAGCAGCGCGACGCGACCAUCCAGCACUUCAUGAAGAACACGCAAGUUACAGUGUUCCUCAUCUCGCUCAAGGCGGGUGGUGUUGCCCUCAACCUUACCGAGGCUAGCAUGGUGUUCAUGAUGGACUCAUGGUGGAACCCGUCUGUCGAGUACCAGGCCAUGGACCGUAUCCACCGUCUCGGACAAAAGCGCCCCGUCAAGGUGGUUAAGCUGGUUGUUGAAGACUCGAUCGAGGACCAGAUUGUGCAGCUGCAGCAGAAGAAGCUGGCCAUGACGGACGCGGCUCUGAGCCGAGACCCCGAUGCUGCCCUCGGCAAGCUCACUGUGGAGGAUCUCGGCUUCCUGUUCAAGCUUUAAAAGGACUUCCUGUCCAGACUUCAGACGGCAUGAGACGUAGCCUGUGUAAACUCCAUACGCCGUCCGUCCCCCUUUCACCCGCACCAUGGAUUGCGCACACUAGAUCCGCAUUGUUGUAGACACCGCGCCGCGCCGACGGCCGAUGAAUCCCACGCCUGU